UAAAAAUUUUAGGUCUGUUGUUUACAGAGUCACAGGCUUCAGGGCGCUGGUGGUGAGUAGGAGGCGGCCUGGGAGGCCGCUGCCUGCGGUGCAGGGUGUGUCUGAGGCCCCUGGAGCCCCAACAGACCGAGAUCGGGGUCCCCGUGCCUCCCGGACGCCUCUCUGCUCACAGCGUUCCCGCAGCCCGACCCCCCUGAACCCUCCAGCCUGGGGGCCGGCGCCGCUCAGGUCCUGCCGCCCAGGUCCCAGCGUCCGGAAUGGUUGUUGGCAUAAAAUGGAUGAUGAGGUGGCCUGUUCUGAUGAGAGUGUAUCUAUACAAGGAGAGUCACAGGACAGGGCUUCUAAGACAGCUCCAGCCACCCAGAAGACCCUUCUGUGGAGGUUGGGGAAGACUUGCGAUACAACUCAGAGCUUCCCCAGCACCAGGCCUCUCUCAACACCGAGGAGCUACACUGUGGCAGGGAGAUUUCACAGGAAUUUCUUGAUGGAAAAAGUCAUCACCAGUGGGGUGACUGUGAAAAUGCUGCCAGCCACAUCCUGAAAGUUGUUCAAUGUCAGGGUGAAUUUUCUGGAGAAGUGAUUUAUGAGUGUAAGAAAUGUAGGAAAGUGUUUAGACGAAUCUCUAACCUCAUUGGACAUAAGAGAGUUCACCCUGGAGAAGAGAUGUAUGAGUGUAGUGAAUGUGGGGUUUCCUUCCAUCUAAGAGCCCACCUCAAUGUACACCUCAGAGUUCACACUGGAGAGAAGCCAUGUGAGUGUACUGAAUUCGGGAAGUCUUACAGUGAAAGAAGUACAUUCAUUGAACACCAGAGAUUUCACACUGGAGAGAUGCCAUAUGAGUGUACUGAAUGUGGGAAGUCUUUUAGCCGAAAACCUAACCUUAUUAAACAUCUGAAAGUCCACACUGGAGAGAAGCCAUAUGAGUGUACUGAAUGUGGGAAGUCUUUUAGCCAAAAACCUAACCUUAAUAAACAUCUGAAAGUCCACACUGGAGAGAAGCCAUAUGAGUGUACUGAAUGUGGGAAGUCCUUCAGCCAAAAAUCUAACCUAAUUAAACACCAGACAGUUCACACUGGGGAGAAGCCAUGUGAGUGUACUGAAUGUGGUAAGUCUUUUAGCAAAAAAUCUACUCUUAUUACUCAUCUGAAAGUUCACACUGGAGAGAAGCCAUAUGAGUGUACUGAAUGUGGGAAGUCUUUCAGUGAAAGAAGUGCAUUCAUUGAACACCAGAGAGUUCACACUGGAGAGAAGCCAUAUGAGUGUACUGAAUGUGAUAAGUCUUUUAGCCAAAAAUCUAACUUUAUUAUGCAUCUGAAACUUCACAGUGGAGAGAAGCCAUAUAAAUGUAGUAUAUGUGGGGUUUCCUUCCGUCUAAGAGCUCACCUCACUGUACACCUCAGAGUUCACACUGGAGAGAAGCCAUAUGAGUGUACUGAAUGUGGGAAGUCCUUCAGUGAAAGAUGUACAUUCAUUGAACACCAGAGAGUUCACACUGGAGAGAAGCCAUUUGAGUGUACUGAAUGUGGGAAGUCUUUUAGCCGAAAACCUAACCUUAUUAAACAUCUGAAAGUCCACACUGGAGAGAAGCCAUAUGAGUGUACUGAAUGUGGGAAGUCUUUUAGCCAAAAACCUAACCUUAUUAAACAUCUGAAAGUCCACACUGGAGAGAAGCCAUAUGAGUGCACUGAAUGUGGGAAGCAUUUCAGCCAAAAAUCUAACCUAAUUAAACACCAGACAGUUCACACGGGGGAGAAGCCAUAUGAAUGUACUGAAUGUGGAAAGUCUUUUAGCCAAAAAUCUACUCUUAUUACACAUCUGAAAGUUCACACUGGAGAGAAGCCAUAUGAGUGUACGGAAUGUGGGAAAUCCUUCAGAGAAAGAAGUACAUUCAUUGAACACCAGAGAGUUCACACUGGAGAGAAGCCAUAUGAGUGCACUGAAUGUGGGAAGUCUUUUAGACAAAAACCUAACCUUUUUAAACAUCUGAAAGCCCACUCUGGAGAGAAGCCAUAUGAGUGUACUGAAUGUGGGAAGUCUUUUAGCCAAAAAUCUACUCUUACUACACAUCUGAAAGUUCACAGUGGAGAGAAGCCAUAUGAGUGUACUGAAUGUGGGAAGUCUUUUCGCCAAAAAUGUAGUCUCAUUAAACAUCUGAGAGUUCACACUGGAGAGAAGUAUUAAAUGUGCAGGGAAUGGUUUCUUUUAUUCACUUAGAAUAACAACACUGAAGACUACUGUUUGGGACCUAUCUUUCUGAAUUUAAAACUUUUAAGUGGAACAUACACUGUACUAUAUUCCUCAUGUGUUUCCAGUACAAGUGAGGCUUGAAGGACAUGUCCAGAUCUACUACCUUAUACAUUUGUGGCUGAAGAGAUUUCACUUCUACCACCUGGAUCAUCUGAAGAUCGUGUGUCAGUCCCAACCCCUACGUGCUCAGGGGAAAUGAAUUCUAUGUUUUCACUUGUGCUUGAGAACAUUAUGAUUAUUCCAGCUCUUGACAGUAUCUUCAUUCCUUUCUCUCUGACUAGGGAAUGCAACUGACUCAGGGUUUGUCCAGAGCACCCAUCCUCAGCUAAUGAGUGCUACCACUUUCAGGGACAUUGUGAAUCUCACAUUAUGCUUUUAUGAAUUUUUUUUAGUUUGUAAUUUAUCAGCCUGCAAAUUUCUUACUGUCCUCUGUUCUGGUUUAUGAUUUUUUAUUAAAUGUUUUUUUUCCUUAA